AGAUUAUUAUGGUUAUCUUACCGAAACAUUUUGGUCAUUUUUCUUUUCGUAGUUUAUUUUUGUGACCAAAACUUGAAAAUAAUCUAUUUAUGAGAAUGACCCUAAUAAUUAUAGUAUAUAUUUUUAUAGUUUGUUACUUGAAUUCUCUGACUAAUUUUUUUUCUUUUGCUAAAAUUUCCUUAAUAAUUACUCAAGUUAUUUUUACAUUUAGUAACUAAAGAAUGGGCAAGUACAGACCAAUAAAUAAUUGGAGGGCCAGAUGGUUCCGCCCAGUACAGAUUCUAGGCCGUGUGCUCGCAUUCAUAUGUUUAUUACCCUUAGCGAUAUAUAGCUUUUCCAUCAGAAAUUGGUUACAAUAUAAACCACCAAUUAUAAUCCUAAGGAAAUAUCACAAAAAUAAAACUGAGAAACAAACAAGCAAUGACAAAUGCAAAAUACAACCAAAAUACUAUUCAAGAAGUAAGUAACGAGGAAUGCAGUUUUUUUUCCUAGGAACCAAACAAUCUAGUCCAUGACAAGUUGCGUGCAAUUACAGAUAGAAUCAAACGACGAAACUGAAGGUUUAUGGCUUGAACUGUUUAGGUCUUGUUCGGGAGUCGAUAUCUUGCGUCAUGUAAAUACUGGAAUAAUAUAAUAGUCGUGUGAUCUUAGUUUUAUAUUUUGACAAUAGCAUCCGAGGCCAGCGAAUCAAGGUAGUGGAUCGUUCUACGUCGUGAUUUUUUUUUUUUUUUUGAACUUACGUCGUGAAUUAUAGUGACUAUUUCCAAGUCUGAAAAAUCUGAAGGACACAAUACUGUCUCUAUGAGAUUACUCGCGAGUGACUUCUUUCUAAUCAAUUUCGACACUUUAUCAAACUUAUCUAAAUCUAAGUUUGUGACGCUAUCUUUCAUUUGCUUUGUUUUUAAUUUUCCUAAAAAUAUCAUGUUAUCUUUAUGACUAUAUCCAUUUAAUCGUUGAAGUUAUGAAUGGAGAAUAUGUUGUGCUUUAAAGAAAACAUCGAGGCCAUCAGAGACUAGUUGUUAAAGUUAUUUUUCACAUGAUAAAAUUUUAUAUAAUUUGAAAUUACUGUCGUAAACACUAAUCUUUAAGAUUUUUAAGCAAUUCAAAAACACAUUUAAGUAAAUAAUUUGAAACAUAGUAACAUACUGAAUAGAGCAGCUAAAAAUCAUAUUAGGAGAAAGUUACGAGCCACGUGCGAAUAAGACACCAGUACAAUAGACGUGAUUCAUCAUCCCAUGCAAAAAAGACGACAAAUAAAAAAGCAAAGUUAAAAACAACCACUCACAUGUGAAUUCGAAAGAUAUAUCCAAACAUGUGGCCAAUAUAUUAAUACAAUAGAAUAUAAUAUGGAAAGAGCGAAAAAUAUAUUAUGCAGAAAAUGGUUUUCACUAUCAAAUAUUUUACAAUUUUCAAAACAUAAUUAACAAUAACAAAGACUGAGAACUGAAAAUGUUUCCCUAUAAAUUUUCUAAAAUUUCCAUUUAUGUGUAUAAUUGUUUUAAAAGGAUGUAAAACGUAGGUGUUAUUCUGUAGAUAAGGAUUACAAGGCGAGUUGUUUGCAAAGAAAUGUAAAGUAGGAGACAAAGUUCAAAAGUGACUACAAAAUGAAUUAGUAUUUAUGCGGUAUAUUCGAGAACCAUUGAUUCCCUCAUCUAGUCAGAAACUGUACCCCAAAAACCAGUGAAGCUUCGCCACGUGAUGGUCAAACUGGAUACUCAUUCAAACCUUUUGACCAGUGGAACCAAAAUACACAUGCAUGUCACUAAAAAUAUGUCAAAUACCCCAUACCUAUUACCUACUACAUGGUUAGAUGCUCUUUGUUUACAAAAGAGAGCGUUAUAGUUAAGCCUUAAUCUUUGACGAAAAAAGAGUAUGUUAUAGUUAAGUCUUAAUCUUUGACAAAAAAGAGUGUUAUAGUUAAGCUUAAUCUUUGACAAAAAAGAAAAAAGAAAGUUAAGUCUUAAUCACAUUAAUCGUUGUUAUCAUUCAUUCAUAUUGAGGUAAAUUAAUCUUGUUUAGAUUCUUUUUGUUUUUGUUUUCCGGUCAAUACUCAAAAAAGAUAUUUCCUCUUUCUUACUCCACCCCAUAUCUUGACUGAAUAAAUACGUCACAAAGAAAGCUUUAACAAUUACACACUCUCACACUUAUUUUCUCUUGUGAUUAUCAUGUUUCUCCUCUCCAUUGCUUAACUUUACUGAAAACACAAAUAUUUUAAUAGAGAUAAGGAGGUAAUAGUAAAUGACAGAUCAGAAUCCAAGAAUCAUCGUCGAGAAAAACCCAUCUCAAGAUCGUCUUGACGAACUGAUGUUCAAGUCAUGGCCCAAGUGGGGAUGUUCACCGGGGAAGUACCAUUUGAAAUAUGAAGCAGAAGAGAUAUGUUACAUUGUGAAGGGUAAAGUUAAGGUUUACCCUAAAUCAUCAUCAUCAACAGCAGCAUCAUCGUCAUCGUUGGAUGCACAAGUAGAUUGGUAUGUAGAGUUUGGAGCAGGUGAUAUCGUCACUUUUCCCAAGGGACUUUCUUGUACUUGGGAUGUAUCUCUCUCCGUUGACAAACAUUACAUAUUCCGCCACAAUUAGUUCUUCACUUUGAUUCGUUACUAUUGUUGUAUUUUGUGUUCUUUUUGUUUGGGUGUUUAUAUAGUAAGAAAAUUUAGACUUGUGUGCAUUAACAAUCACAUAAUUAAACAAGUAUUUCACAA